CACUCAGCGUACUGGCUAAAAAUAGCAAUGCAGUGUGGUAUUUAUAAAUAAAGUAAGAAGAAGAAGAAAUAUUUUGGAUGAGUAGUAGGAAAACAGCGGAUAUAUUCACAGGAAAGUUCUUGGAGAAAUUAAAAUAAAAUACCAAAAUGUCUGAAAACACCGCAGAUACCAUAGAGGAUGUCAACAACAAUUUAGCAAAUGAGACUGUGCCUCCACAACCGGAACAAGAUCAAGUAACUCAACCACAAAAUAAUGAACUAUUGGAUAUAGUUUUCACAUUAGAGAGUGAAAAACAGGCGCUGGUAGAAGAGUCGCGCAAGAGAAUUUCUGCACUUCGUAAGGAAUUGGAGCAAAGUCAAUCCGAAAAUGAGCAACAUAAACGUAAGAUAAAUCAGUUAGAGCAAUCGCUCAAGCAGUCGGUUAUGUUGGGCGGUGUUGAUGCACCCAAGUCACGACAGGAGCAAGAUGAGUUAUUGUUGAAAGCGAAAACUUUGCUUUUUGAAAAAACUAAAGUAUGUAAACAACAAGAACAACAAAUUGGGGUACUCAAGAAUCAAGUGGAGGCCAUGAAGGAUGUUGUACAGGUGACUAAAGAUAUGUUGAAUUUGAAGAGUGCCGAAUGCGAUCACAUGGAAGUGCGUUUGGAGAAAUCUCAACAAUGGAUUAAAGCCGAGAAGGACAAAUGUGCUAUAAUCGAGAAGAAGUUACUAAUAUCAAAAGGAGUUUAUGACAAACUACGUGCUGAAUAUGAUAUACAGUCGAAAAUAUUUAAGGAUUUAAAAGAAGUUUAUGAACAAAAAAUUAAGAUGUUGGGCAUUGCACUUGAGGAAGCUAAAAAGAAAUAAGGCGGCGUAAAAUAAAGUAAAAUACAACUUAGCUUGAAAUAUACUGGUUAUAUAUGAAUGUGUAAUAAUAGUUAUGUCUAAUUUACUUUCGCACUAAUAUAAUAAAAAUAUCACAAAUAAAAUAAUACAUAGUUAAAUUGGCAUAUGCCACAAUUUGUUUUUAAAUGCUUUUCAUUUAUCUUUAUUUGCAGGCGAAUUCACUCAUUACAAGCAAGCUUCUGCUAAUAAACUUUCAUUAUUCCAUGUUAUAUGUGAAGUGUUUUGCUGAAAUAUUAAGGAAAACGUUUUGUUUUUAUGCAGUUUGCUGUUGUUGCAUCUGUUUCGAGAGUGCAAGUUGUUUCAUCUCCAUUACACCAGCGACAGCAUUUAAAAAUCUACUCUUUUGUAUUUGGAUUUUUUCAAUUUU